AGAGAAAAAAACAAGGUUUCACGCCCGACCGUAAAGGGUGGGAAAAUAAAAACCUGGAGAAAGAUUUGGUUAGGGCAAUUUUGAGGUUACGGUAUAUAAAGGGCAGAAUGUCCUGUAUGCAAAUUAGGGCGUAAAAGAAUAACGAAGCCGUAGAAGAGGGCUCUUUGUUGGUGGUGGAGCAAACUUUAUCCUAACGAACCACGAUGGAUCGGUACCAGAGAGUGGAGAAACCGAGAGCAGAGACGCCGAUUGAUGCGAAUGAGAUUCGUAUUACAAGUCAGGGAAGGAUGCGCAACUAUAUCACCUAUGCCAUGAGCCUGCUUCAAGAGGAAAAGGGUUCGAGCGAAAUUGUCUUCAAGGCAAUGGGAAGAGCCAUUAACAAGACCGUGACGAUUGUGGAGUUAAUAAAGAGGAGAAUUGUUGGCCUUCAUCAGAAUACUUCAAUUGGAUCCACCGACAUAACUGAUACAUGGGAGCCCCUAGAGGAAGGCCUCCUUCCAUUGGAAACCACAAGGCACGUGUCAAUGAUAAUAAUAACCCUUUCAAAGAAGGAACUGAAUACAUCCUCUGUUGGGUACCAGCCUCCUUUACCUGUGGAACAGGUGAAGGCAUCCACAGAGUUUGAUUAUGAAGGAGAGGGCUCACCAAAUGGUCGUGGUUGGGGCCGCGGUGGCAGAGGAAGGGCAAAGGCUAGAGGGAAUGGUUUUGUGUCGGCUGAUUAUGAGGACGGAGGAAGGGACAGGGGUCGGGGUAAUGCUAGGGGUAGUGGUCGUGGAAGAGGGCGUAGUUUUCGUGGCCGUGGAAGGGGGUGGUAUGGUGGACCUCAGGUUGAUACACAACAAGAUGGAGGAUACCAUCGAGAAGCACCUGUUCAAGGCCGUGGACGUGGCCGUGGGAGGGGUUAUCGUGGAAGAGGCCGUGGCUUUAGAUCCAAUGUGCCGAUCCAGGCAGCUGCAUGAUACAUUUGAGUGAGCUAUCACGAGCACAAUGCAAAUGACUUCAGUGGUGGGAGUUUUUCUCCAAUCUAUGUUUUGUUAUCUCUUGUUAGUUUCUUUUUUGGUUCGGUGCUAGUAUUUAUUGUAGGACGUAUUCACAUGUUGGUGUUGUAUACUUCUAGUUUGGAAUAUCUGCCAUAUGAGUCUAACCCUUUUUGUCGUAGACUUAGGUGAAAUCUUGGACAGUUGUAAUUUUUCAUUUUGACUGAGCAGCGCAUUCUUUUAUUUCGUUUGGAGAGUUUUUGCUGUCAAUGUAGUGCUUUCAAUUUUUUUUCAGGACAA